ACAACAAAAUCUAUCUCAAUUUCAAAAAAAAACAAAAUCUAUCUCGAUCCAUCCAGAUCAAAACAACAGAAGAGAAAAGAGGAAAGCGAACAAUCGAAACCCUAAUCGAAUAGAAUAGAACAGUAGAAAAGAUGCCGAAGAAGAUGGGGGUGAACUCCAAGGCGGAGGAAGCCCGUGCUCGUAAGGCAUCAGCGGAAUCGGAGAAGAAGAACAAAGAGACUAAAGAGAAGGAGGAUCAGUUCUGGAAAGAGGCGGAAGGUUCAAGGUCACGCGCCGCUAAAAAGAAGGAGGAAGAGGCCGAGAAGAAGGCGGAGGCAGCGGCGAAACGAGCGGAGGCGCGUCGGUUAGCGGAGCAGGAGGAGAAGGAGCUUGAGAAGAUAUUGAAGAAGCCUGAUAAGAAGGCGAGCAGGGUUUCGAUCCCUGUACCGAAGGUUACGGAGGCGGAGCUGAGGAAAAGGCGUGAGGAGGAGCAGAGCCAACUUGCGAAGAAGGCGGAUGAGGGUAAGAAGCGGAGUGCUGCGGAGGAGGAGUAUGAGAAGAUGGUUCUGGUUUCCAACACGAAUCGCGAUGAUUCAAUAAUUGAAGCUAGGAAUCUGGAUGAUGCAAUCGCGCAGAUGAGUAUUGAUAACAGCAAUUUGGCGCCUGAUCGGCACCCUGAGCGGCGCCUCAAAGCCGCGUUCAAGGCAUUUGAAGAAGCUGAGCUACCUAAGUUGAAGGAAGAAAAACCAGGGCUCACUUAUAAUCAAUAUAGAGACAUGAUAUGGAAGCUUUGGAAGAAAUCGCCAGAUAAUCCUCUUAAUCAAGUUGCUGAGUGAUUGAUUUGAAUUGAGACAAGAGUUCUACUGAAAUUUCAUGACAGAGAAGCUUCUAUUGGCCAUUUUCAUGGGCGGCAGAGCAGUUUGUAAUUCUUAAAUAAUGUAAUUCCUGCCCUACUGAAUUUUGCAUAUCCUGUUUUGAAUGGGCCUUUUGAUGCUUGCAAAUCCGUGUGUAUUUGAAUAAGUGCAUGUUUGAAAAUAUUUCUACAAUUGAUUAUCAAGUUUCAAAAUUAUAGGGAUUAAGCUAUUGAUUCUGAUUAUUCAGGAGCUGAUCAAAAUAGUUUAAUAUGUUAAGUUUCUUUGUUAUGAAUGGAAGUGAAUAGCAAAACUUGAUUUAAUUA